AUGGCACUCCCCGGUGACUCCUCCGACACUUUAAUUUCCCCUCCCUCCCCCGUCUACCACCCCAAACCAGAAACAAUCCUCAUGGAAUCAGACCUGGAACUCUCCACCCUCGAGUCCCCGCCGCCACCCGUUAUCCCCAAACUCUUUCGUGAGGCAAGCGACAUUACCUGCCAGGAAACACUCGAGUCAACAAAGGAUCAGGUCCCACUUAUCCGGCGACGUGGCAGGUUCCGACUACUUCACCAACAGCAAUUCAAGAAUAGUCUGCUUGCAAGUGUCGGGUAUCUUGAGCUGGCAAAUGCAGGUGACUUCGCUGCUAAUGUUUGGAACGACAUUCCCGUGCCGACCUUUGCGGCCGUGCUAAUGGGAAUUGGUGGUACACUGGCACUGUUCAUGGUGUUUGUUGCUGUACAAGACUUCCGACUCAGCUGGAGAAAUGUGAAGCUUCUACGUGAGGAACGGGUACAUAUACAGCGGUUGCAGCAGUAUCAUUGCAAGAAUCCGGAAUUGACUCGGUUGCUCGAUGCGAGAUUGGGCGUUGGGAUCCGUGAGAUUGGAACGGAGGUCGUGGACAGAAUUGUUAUGGACAUCCUCAUGGGGUUGGGAUCUGUUCUCGUUGGCGUUGGCACGCUUAUGGCUAUAGGGGGAGCAAAUCCUCGUGUUUAUGAAGCGAGUAACCUCCUCUCCGGAUAUAUUGGUAAUGCCCUGGCGGCAUUGUUUGGAAUUGCCAACGCUGUCUGGUCGGUAUACCUUAUCCACCGAUUCAGGCAACAUGAUAAAGCAGUUGUCGCUCGUGAGCCUAGCGAUGAUAUUCGGCGUCGGCUGCGUCUGCGGUUCAAACGCUUCCAAUGGCACUCGGUCGUCAACAGCAUCAACGGAUUGGUUGCUGGCGCUGCGUCCAUGGUGACUGCCAAGAAAUGGGAAGGAUACGUGGUUCUCAUCCCAUGUAUAAUAUCAUUGAUCAUGUGCAACUACUUCUGGCGUAAGAAGCUGGGCUAUGACCGGCCGAUUCUGGACCAUAUUUCUCUCGCCAAGUUGCAAUUGACUCCCCUCCUGGAAGACCUGGAAUACGCUAUCGCUAUGCAGCGUGGUCUUGCCGAUUCAAAUCACACCAUUCCGCAGCCCAUCGUGGAUACCAAAUCCCUAGACUCGAUGCUCCGUUUUAUCGUGCGAAAUCGCAUGCUGGAAACAUACGUCGAUUCCCUUGCACAUGAUAAACAGGCUCUGUCUCUCCUCUCCAAAAUUCCCAGCAAAGAGCCCACCACCUCCCCAGACGAAGUAGUCGUCAGUUUCGACGUUCUCAUCCAAUUAUCCGUUUCCAACCCAACACAUUCACGACUCCUCCUGGACCACGCCGCCAAAUUCCUUCGCGAGGAAGGCGUUCGAAUCUUUACGCAUCGCGAGCGCCACCUUUUAGAACUAUUGGGUUAUGCCGUCUGGCGGGAUCAGACUGCAACCGAAGGCGCAGAAGGCAUAGAGUCCAAGUAA